AUGUCCACAGGCAAGCGACUCGCCAAGCGGUCCAUCAUCGGGACGCGCGUCGCGGCUUUGGGUGAUGACGGACUGUACUAUUCGGGGAUGAUUCACGCAGUGAAGACACCGGCGCCCUUCCCAGAGAACAACAAUUGCAUCAACUUGACUCCGAACACUCGUUACACAGUACGUUUCGACAGUGUUAUGAUGAAGAACCGCGAGUACCGGGACGCUGAGCUCAUUGGACCCGGCUUUCGCGGCAUGACGGGGGUGCGUCUCAAAGAAGGACAGCGCGUUUUCCUCACCUACAAUGGCCGCGAGGUGCACGCUGACGUCAAGCACCACGACUACAACACUGACGAACUGCUCGUCCAGAUCUACUCUCCUACUUCUGAGGUGCGGAUUGAGUUGAAGAAAAAACUGGAUGACGUAAGGCUGUUGGAGUCACGAAAGUCAGCCAGAUUGGCAGAUGUGGACACAGACUUUGCUAGAUUAGCAGACAUGGCCGGAGAUCGUCGUCGUUCCUCUGCUACUAUUGAAGUACCGCCAAGCCCCGUGCAAAGUUCACGUAAGCGCGGGCCAAGCAGCUCCUGUGACCAAGGUUACGGCGAGCGUGACGAACAGAUGAACGAGUGCAAUGCUGCCCUCGUGCUGAUGUCAUUGAGCUGCUCCCCGAACUCACCGCGCCCCAGUGCAGGAUGGGGUGAUAGAUCAUCAGUGUCUCCAGGAGCCAGCAGCAGCUCAGACUCAUCAUGGCGCUCGGGCACACCAUCGCCUCCACCAGCCUCUUCCUCCUUCAGCGACGAAGGAAUCGCAAUGGACUAUGAAGAGAUCCACCCACGCAAGAAAAGGAUUAACAGCGUUGUGUUUGUAUGUACUUGGCGAGGAUGCACAUACAGCACAAAUACUUGCUCAGCUAUUGAAGCACAUAUUAGAAACACACAUUUGGGGCCAAAGAAAGAAGGCGAUAGUGACCAUGAAGAAGAGUUCUACUACACAGAGAGGGAGGUGGCCGCCCCUGCACCGCCACCCACACUCUCCCACCGAGACAUGUGUCGCCCACCGCAUGAGGAUCCUGAAUAUCAACGUCAGCUAGUAGGCUCUUUUAGACAAGGAUUACUGUCUACUCUGCAGAAUGGAACUGCACGGUCAGUAAACAUUCCUGUAACUCAUCACUGGGUCAAUACGCAUUCGCCGAAGCAUAUGCGACUAUCUGCAGCGAAUGGAUCACCGAGUAGUCCAGGCAGACGACCACGUUCAGACAACAAGAAAUGUCGUAAAGUAUAUGGAAUGGAUCAACGUGAUCUCUGGUGCACUCAGUGCAAAUGGAAGAAGGCAUGCACGCGUUUUGGCGAUUAG